UCCUAGCAACCGUCUCAGCUAUCCCAACACCAGAUCCAGUGAUCUUCAAAUUAAAUGACGGUCCAAGGUUUCAAUACCGGGAUGAUGGUGAAGGUAACGCCUAUCUCGUAGACCAAUGGUUCAAAGUCAGUGAUGCUCAACGGGCUGCACGAUACAACCCUGACCUAAAUAAUGUUUACCAUCUAUUCACUAGACAAAACCAGAAUGUGAGCCAACCGAUGCAUUUCGGUAGUAGCUUCCUGCUUGCCAACUCCAACUACGACCCUCUUCGCCGGACUAUCUUUAUCGUUCAUGGCUGGGCGCAAUCUGCUACUUCCAAUGUUAAUGCUGUUCUUGUACCAGCUUUCCUUCAAGCCGAGGACGUUAACGUCUUUGUCGUGGAUUGGAGCGCCGGCGCCGGCAUAUCCGCUGGUAAUGACGCACCUCAGAACGCUGUUGCUUCAGGUCUAAGUGUGGCACGUACCAUCGACUGGAUCGUCUUUGAAACCGGUGCCAACAUUGGUGGCUUUCACCUAGUCGGCUUCAGUCUUGGUGCCCAUCAGGUCGCUGUGGCUGGUAGAAAUGUGCAGAGUGGACAAAUUCCUUAUAUCACUGCUUUGGACCCUGGUGCGAACAUGGAAGACAGUGGCCACAUCUUCGGCCCUGAUGCUGCCAUCUACACAGAGGCUAUCCACACCAACUCAGGUCUUAUGGGGCAUGGCGAUGUUGUGGCUCACACCGACUUCUUCCCUAAUGGCGGAGAUUAUCAACCAGGCUGUGGAAUUGUGAACUUCGUCUGUAGCCACGAGAGGUAUAGAAAAAUACAUACUGCGCCACGUACAUAUCGUUCACACACAAACAAAACACAGUCAUUUUAUGCUUACUCAUCAACACAUGGGAUAAGUUGCAAAUAUAAUAAACUUAAUCAUCAACCCAUUUAUUACGUCCCGCUGCUGUGCAUGGGUCUCCUCUCAGGCGAGGGUUUAGGACAUUCCGCUACGUAUGCCGAUUAGAGCCCGCGGCUUCUG